AGCGACGUUACUAAAAAGGCCCGGGCUGGCUUGGCAGGCACCCCAUCAAUUGAUGCUUGUGGCGUCCCCGGUACUUCCGUCACGCUAGCGGUCAUCUCCCAACCAAGCGUUUCCUAACCGUCCGAUACGUUCAGGCCCAUCCUCGGCACCAGUAGUUGCCAAAAUGAGAUCGUGUAAACGAUAAUAGAAGAUGCCGAUAGCCGUCCAGGCGACCAUGAGUAUCUUCGGCCGCUCGGUCCGUGACCAUGGCUAGUGGAUACUUCAUCCAAUAUCUCGAUAGCCUUGUGUACCUAUACGUAUCCAGCUCACUUCCACAGCGACUUCUUUGUCACUGUCCCGCUCGACUAUCAGAUAUUUCAUUUUACACUCGUUUUUGUAAACCUUCACAUACUCCUUAUGUCUAGUCACACACGGCAAGAUGCGCCAACCCCGGCUCCCUCGUACCGCUCCACCCAUGAGUCCAAAUUGUUCGGACGCAUAACCAAGAUAUGUUGUAUCGGGGCAGGAUACGUGGGAGGACCGACUUCGGCAGUCAUGGCGAACGCCAACCCUGACAUUCAAGUGACGGUGGUCGAUUAUGACAGCAAGCGCAUUGCCGCAUGGCAAUCUGAAGAACUUCCCAUUUACGAACCUGGCCUCAUGGAAGUGGUUAAGCCAGCGCGUGACGGCAUACCCAACAAACGAACGCCAAACCUCUUUUUCUCCACAGAUGUCGACCGUGGCAUCGCCGAAGCCGAACUCAUCUUAUUGAGCGUCAACACUCCCACCAAGACAUUGGGUCAGGGUGCAGGACAUGCGAGCGAACUUUCGUAUUUGGAGUCUGCUGUGCGAAAGAUCGGUGCUGUUGCUACAGACAACAAGAUCAUCGUAGAAAAGAGCACGGUGCCAUGCCGAGCGGCAGACACGCUGCGAGAUGUUCUAAAAGCAACGAGUCGACCUGGCGUCGAGUUUGAGAUCUUAUCAAACCCUGAGUUCUUGGCCGAAGGAACCGCCAUUCAAAAUCUCUCGAACCCUGAUCGCGUUCUUAUCGGCUCUCUCAAGACUCCCCACGGGUUGGCGGCUGCACGAGCUCUUUCCCAAAUUUACUCAGCCUGGGUCAACCCAGAUCGCAUCAUCACGAUCAACUUGUUCAGCUCCGAACUAGCUAAGCUGGCUGCAAAUGCACUGCUCGCUCAGCGGAUCAGCAGUGUCAAUGCGCUGGGUGCCAUGUGUGAGGCAGUAGGCGCCGACAUCGAUGAGGUGUCCUAUGCCGUUGGUUUGGAUAAGCGCAUCGGGUCUCGAAUGCUUAAGGCAUCGGUUGGCUUUGGUGGCUCCUGCUUCCGCAAAGACAUCUUGUCCCUUGCAUACAUCGCCGAGUCCCUGAACCUGUUUGAGGUCGCCGCUUACUGGCGAUCAGUAGUCGACAUAAACGAGUACCAGAAGGACCGAUUUACCCGCCGCAUAGUGCGAUGCUUGUACAACUCACUUUCUAACAAAACGCUUGCUAUUCUUGGCUUUGCCUACAAGAAGGACACAGGAGACACUCGCGAGUCAGCAGCUAUCACAGUCGUCAACAACCUACUUGCUGAAGGUGCCAACGUCAGGAUCUACGACCCACAGGUCAAGGAAUCGCAAAUACUGCACGAUAUCGAGAGCAGCAACCCACAUCCACAGGGUAUCAAAGGCAGACUCACGGUCUGUUCGUCGACUUAUGACGCAUGUACCGAUGCCGACGCCGUGGUCAUAUUGACAGAGUGGGACGAGUUCAGCAACAAGCAGCCUACGAGAAGCCCCGGACACGCUCGCGGCGAUUCCGUACACAACGGUCCUGUGGAAAUGAUGCGCAAGGAGAUAUCGUGGAAGCGUAUUUCGCAGGUCAUGCGUCGUCCAAUGUACGUCUUUGAUGGACGUAACGUUGUCGAUCCUGUGCCUCUGGAGGCACUAGGCUUCCGAUACGAAGGUGUUGGUAAAUCGAGGGAGUCGUAAUCGGUCUGAAUGUUUUAAUGUCGAGAUAUCCAAUUUGCUUAUGUAUUUAAUGAGGUAUAGAGUCAGUACCCAGUUUUGGCGUUGGUCAACCGCUGUCGCAGCAAUAGACGAUAGGAUUACAGCUCUAGUGAUCAGCUUGCUAUUUCGAUAAAAGAUCUUCAAGAUGUUAACUUUCCCGUGAAAUAAGUUCGUUGGCCCUUGGGCUGUAAGUGAUCUGAUCAUGCCGCCAACGUACUUGGUGAUGGAAGGGUUUGCACGUGUGAAAUAUUGCCCCGCCUGCGUUGUGUUUUGGGUUAGCCCUGUAGGCGGAGGCGCCACCCGCACCGGCAGGCGCCUUCCAAUCCAACACGCUUCGCACUCCUUCAAUCCCGCUCCAUAUACAUUAUAGUAGUAGCACAAAAACAUUAUAUUCGUCCU